AUGUCGGAGAUUGAAGCAAGGGCGUGUCGUCGUCAAAACCUUAUUCAAUCCGACGCUGUAACGUUGUCUUUCCUAAUCCCGGCUCAUUUCCUUCUUGCCAUCAUGUCGUCGUCUGCACCACAAGCGACGUUAUCAACAUCCCCAACGACAGUAGCACCCACAACUGCUGUAACAUCACCCGGUACUAGUACUUCUACUCCUCCCACUACAACACCAACUACCAGCACUACUCCAUCAACGACAACAACGCCCACAUCGACGACCCCAUCAACUUCAGCAACAACACCAGCUACAACUCCCACAUCUUCCACAUCUUCCACGACAACUGGCAGCAAUGCACAAGCUUCAACUACCCCUGCAUUCGCAAGUACCACUCCAACAACAACCUCCAUGACAUCUGUUGCGACUACAUCCUUUACCCAAUAUACUAGCUCAACAAAUUCACUCGGAUCAACAAUCGUCAUCACAACAGAGAUAUCCACAACAACCUCAAUCCCUGUCUCAACUUCCUCCUCGUCCACAAACAACUCAUCAAACACCGGCCCAAUCGUAGGUGGCGUAGUCGGUGGUAUCGCCGUCAUCGCCAUCUUCGCCCUUAUCAUCUUCUGCUUACGCCGUCGCAGAAGGCGAGACGAGUUCGACGGCAACUUUGACCCCGAUCAUGUCAUUUCUCACCCUUCAGGGGGCGGGACUCUCCCCCAAAUCGACCUUGGCGAAGAAAAUGAGAUCACCCCUUACCCUGACCAUGGUGCCAGCAUGCGCCAAUACGGAGAAAGCCCCUACCUAACUACCGGUGCUGCUGCCGGCGCAGCGGCAGCUGCGAGUAUAAACCGCACAACUUCCCCACUCAGCUCUCCCUCCCAAUACAGCGACACCGCCACCACUGCUGCCGAGGGGUACCCUUCUCAGGGCUUCAUCCGCCCAGGCCCGGGCCAGUACCCCCAAGGCGGACCAAACAUGUACACAAUGCAGCAAGCAGACUGGCACAACCCACUCCCCCUCACAUCACCCGCACCAAGCGUCAGCAACGCCUCCUCCAGCAGCCGUGCAAUGAAGGAGAGAGAAGCUGCUGCUGGCCGUCAAGGCCUCGGCCUCGCUACUCAGCAAGAAGUCGACGGUGAGGGUUCUGGCGUUGUCCAGCACCAGGAUGCAGGACAGGUGCAUAGUGAAGAAGAAGGUGAACCGAGAGAUAUCCCCCCUGCGUAUGACUCUAUAAGGCAGUAG